UAUAUAAUAGGCAUUCGAAUUUAAGUGCAACCCGAACGACCAAUACACUGGUAUAUGGCUUUAGAAUAUUUUGACAAUUUGUUGAUCAGCAGACAGAUAAGUGAAUCACUUUAAGCUUUUAAAUUUACUGACAAAAAACUGGUAGAGCAGGAAUGAAUUUGAAGAAAGUCAAAAUUGUCGCAUUGGGAAUUUUGCUUUCCUUCAUCUUAUACCUGUAUGUAUAUCUGAGUUCAUACAUCACACAGACUGAUAAGAAAAUAAAGGAACUUGAAGAACAGAAUGAGAAAAAACUGGAUAAAAACAAACAUCGGGGCAUUCUACAAGAAUGGAUGAAGAAGAAUUUAUCGCAUCAUGAUCAGAUGAAAGGGAUAUUUUAUCUCAAAGUUAACAAAGCAGCAAGCAAUACACUUCAAAUUAUGUUUAACAAAUAUGCUGAUAAACACAACCAAAUUGUUGGAAUGCCCUGUAGUAAUAAUGGCGACGAGAGACACUUGGUAGGGUGGCCCGAACCAUUUGAACCAGAACAUUUAAUCCCUCUGAGGAAGGAUUUAUUCAGAUAUUGGGAACAUCUAAAUGAGCACGUUAAAUACAGUUCAAAAAUCAAACAAGUUAUGGCCCCAGGGAGUGUAUUUGUCGCAUCAAUCCGGGAACCAUUUUCACACUUCUAUUCAUAUUUUAACUUUUAUAGCAUGGAAAACACCUAUAGAAAAUAUCUUAAACCACCUAAUAAAUUCAAAUAUUUUCUAGAUAAUGUUAAAACUAUGCCGCAUCUUGAACUUAUACAUCACAUGCCUCCAAGUAACCCAAUUGCAGAAUGUUUUGGAAUCAGACGAGCGUUGCAAUAUAACAUCACAGUGAUAGAAGAAAAAAUCAACGAGAUUGAAAAAGAGUUUGAUAUUGUGAUGGUCGUUGAGUAUUUGGAGGAAAGUCUGAUCUUGUUGACUGAAUUGUCAGAUUUAACAAUCGAAGAUGUAGUCAUUCUCAAAAGCAACAAUGUAAGGAACCUUAACAAAUCCAAGCCAAUAUUAACUCCUAAUGAAUAUGAGAACCUCAUCCAAUGGAACUUAGCCGACUCAAUGAUAUACAAUCAUUUUAACAAAACUCUAUGGGAAAAGAUCAACAAAUUUGGCCGUCACAACAUGGCUUCAAAAAUGGAAGAACUAAAUGAAGCUAAAUCAUUACAGAAGAAUAAUAAUGAAGAAGAUUUAGGAAAAAGAAAACAUGAACAAAAGAUGCAAAACAUAUAUUAUGCUGAUAAUUAUUUCAGGAGAAAGAUGACUUUGAAUGGAGUUUAUGAUCUUAAAAAGGCUAAUAGAACCUGUAGAUAUCCUCCUGGCAGAUAUGGGCAAUAACAUGAAAAUGUGAACAUCAAAAAUUGAUUCAUUUACAUCAGACAAUCUGUGUUACUGUAUUAAUGUGUGUACUCCGAAGAAAAUAUUUAGCUAGUGGUAUUGUAAUACUACUGUACAUAAUCUGUUUUAGAGGUAUCUUAAGUAAACAUGCUGUGAGUUGAUGUUUCCUUGUUACUAUCAAUUAAUUUCACCAAAAAGGAACAGUAGGGAACGUCACAAACAUGGGGAUUCCUAAGAGGAAGUAAAAUGUUUAAUUCUGUUGUAAUCCAUAUUUUAAUUUCUGAAUAUUAGAUAUCUGAUCAAAUAGUACUAUGGAAGUAAUUGUAGAUUUAAGCUACAUGUAGCAGAGAAUUUUUCAUUUUUGCGACCUUUUGACAUUUAACUACAUACCAUACAACUUUAGAUGCUCAACUUAGUAAAAUUAUAUUAGUCUGCUGAGAGAUCAUUUCUACACAUUUUAAAACAAUUUUCGUGUAAAUUUUACUGAAAAAUUUUGUGACGGUUUUUCUCAUCACUCUGGGUUUCACUGUCAUUUCUGAGGUGACGAGAAAUCUCGUCAUUCCAGGUAGUCAAAAGGUUAAAAUCAACAAGCAGAGCAUAUUGUCACAAUAUCCUCCGCAUAUUGGUUUUCCGGAGAAUUUCGUGGCAAAUUCCUUGUUUAUUCAUUUUCCAAAUAGAUAUCAAAUUUAUUUUUUAAUGUUAUUAUACAUUAAGUGACUAAGUGUAGGACAAAAAGUAUAUUUUAUGUGUCGGGUACCAUACUGUGUUGUAGUGUGCACUGAUGUUCACUAGUCACCAAAAUAUACUUGAAAACAGAAACUCCAUGGAGUCAGCAAAUACCACAGAAUAAAACAUGUUUUAAUAAAUACCUCGUCAUUUUCGACAUUAUGAUUUUCCUGAUUUUCAAGUAGGUGCAAAUGGUUUUUCAGGUGGGUGCAAGCCUAUUUUCAAAAUCUCAAGUGGUUGCUGCGCCCACUUGCUUUAAUGCUGGGGAGAUCACUGAGUCAAAUACAACUUAACCAAACUGAAAUUAAUUUCACUGUUGAAUGCUAUACGUUCAACAACUGAUGUCAUUCAAUCAUUCAGAUAAUAUCUCAGCAUAAUAUUCGUUAAUGAAAUACUGUUUGUACACGGCUACCUGCAUCGAAUAUAUUUCCUUAUAAAUUGCAUGAUUAGACCAAAAAUAUGGCUCCCGGGGGAAAUUACAUUUUUCUUUUUUGAGUGAUAAUUUUCGUUCUGAUUCAUAUCUUACUCGAUGUCAGCGUAACUCAAAUGGGAUUAUCUGGAUAUGUAUGAUGUAUGACCAUUUAUGAUGUAACUAACCUAUAAAAUGUAGAUUUCAAUUGAGGAGUAAUGAUUUCUAGCCAGGUUUUAUUCGUAUUGGGACCGCCAUUAAUCACAAACUUCUGAUAAGGCAAAUUUCCGCAAAAAGCACAACUGGUGAAAAUAAAUCCAUCGGGAAUAACAAAUAAAGUUGAUUAUGUUUUACCUUUUGAAUAUCAGAGCAUUUCUCAUUUUUAGCUUGCUUUUGCCAUAUUUCCAUCUUAAUAUACAAUAUUUGAUAUUCGUUUGGUAAUAUUUCUGAACAUUACACAUUUAAAUACAUAUUUCGUGUAAACUGAACAAAUUUCAUUGUUAAGCUUAAUCAAUUACUAAAUUACUAAAAAAUUACUAAAUUACUAAAAAUUGCUAAAUUACUAAAAUAACUAAAUUACAAAAAAAUCUAUAUUUCUGAAAAAUUCUAAAUUACUAUUCAAGGGGUUCAAUCCCAAAAGACAAAAUAAUCUUAAUAAAUGUGCAAUUGAAGAGGUAUAACAUUCUCAACUCACUGAAUUACUGAAGCAGGUCAGAAUUAGCAAGUAAAGAUGUUCUAACAUGGUAGCCAAGGUAUGCAGUCUGUAUUACAUAACACAUAGACGAAUGAUACCAAACGCUCAUAUAUUAGCCCAGAACAAACAAACAGCAAUUUAGAAAAUUAAAGGAAUGGAAUGUUACGAGGAAGGCGGUGUAUAAAUAACAAUCUAACUUCAAAUAAAUCAAAGCACUAUACCAUUUGCUUCAUCAUCAAAGAUUUAUACGAAAACGUGAUGCUAAUGUUAACGAUAACGUAACUUCCUCAUUGCAAUUAAUAGUAAGGUAGAC